AUGUCACAGGACGUCUCGGAUAUGGAUUUAAACGUAUUGACAUCAGUGCGAUCCGUCGCUGACGGAAGAUGUGUUGUGUGCGGAAACGAUGUUGGUGAAUCGGGGUCUUCGAAACAGUGCUGUGAUCCUAUGCUUAAUUUGAGCGUCGGUGAAUUUCUCAUCAAAUGCGACGUGAUGCCCGCCGGUUCCUUCUUGAUGAGCUCCGCGCUUUGUGCAUCUUGUUCAUAUUUUGUCGUUAAUGCUGAUAGAGCGUGGGCGAUCGUCAGUGACUCCGUCGAUGCCCUUCGAUCUCGUCGAGUAGAGGAUAAUUCAACUGAACGCGCCGGAAAGUUUCCAAGAGCUACGAAAAAGGAAUCAUCACUGCCUCAGCAGCGAUUUUCAAGAAGUGAAAGAGGGAGCAUUGGGUCGAGCCGAUUAGAAGUUGUGAAGCAAACGCGUUGCAGUCACUGCAACAAGGUGUUCCCAUAUGGAACAUUAGAGGAUAAGAGUGCGUUCGAAGCACACAAGGCAUCUCAUGAAACCAGCAUCGGAAUACACUUCAGUAAUGGUGUACGAGAUCAUUUGUACUCUUGCGAAGAAUGCGGGAAAAUGUUCUCAUCGGAUGUGAACCGGCGACGACACACGACAAUGAUGCACAGUGAAAAAUUCAAGAAGAAAAAGAGCUUGUACUAUUGCAGACAGCAUCCUUGCGAGGAAUCUUUUUCAUCUUCAAGUUUGCGUAACAUUCAUGAACGUAGCAUGCAUGGCGUUUCUGUAGCAGAUGACAUGGUCGAGCAUAGGGAUUCAAUCAGAGUGACGACUUCUGCGCGGAUUCCGUUGCAUAGACUUCCGAAUCGGCGGUUCGGAGCGAAAAGGCGCCGCCGCACAGCCAAUAUGAAAGCCACGGCUCGAAGCUUCAAAUGCGACGAAUGUGGGUUGGCCUAUUUCUGGAGGAAUCAUUUGAUACGACAUAAGAAAAACGCUCACGGUUUUACUCCUUUGUUAAUCCCCAAAGACGAGCCGAUUGAUAGUGAAACCGCGCCGCAAUCCGACCUUAACGGGGAGCUCGAAAUUAUCCGUUUCGACGAAGUUGGCCAUGAACAUGAGGAUAAUGAGGAAAACUUGGACAUCGAUCUGGGAGCUUUUAAUACCGAAGGCGUUGAGGACAGCGCAGUGAGCAAUGCAGUUGAGUCUUUGUUGGCCUCAUCGUCGAACAAACCAAACGGGGCUGCAACUCACGCUUGCGUGACCUGCGGUCAGCUAUUCCCGCGGAAAAAUCUACGGAAGAGUCACGUGCUUCAACAUCAUCCGGAUGCUUGCGUUUGUUGUGGAGAUUUACACACUAUUUGCAAGGAGGAAGAACAAGUCGAAGGAACCUGCAACGUUUGUGGAUCCGUCGUUCCGCAUGUGAACGGCCACAAGGUGUGGGAGCACAAAGCCAGGAAUUGCGGGAACUGUGCCGCAGUGUUCGCGAGUCCCAUUGCACUUGCCGAGCAUCAGAAAUUGUGUUGUUUUGAAAGUUUCUUGAGCAUGGAGGCCAGCGAGGUCGAUGAUACUAGUGUGAACGCGGAAGGAGAAAAUGCACAGAGCGAUGUUCUUCGUCCUCAAAGGCAAAUUUCAAUCAUUGGCUGUGAGUCCCUGGCCGAAAAGGAACCAAAUUCUCCUGAAGUCACUGUUGUUGACGAAUCAUAUGGGAUCUCCAUCAUCGCAGAAGCUCAGCAGUCCAAGUCCGUCGACAACAGUGUAUCAUUAACAUCAACGCAAAGUUUUCAUGAAGAACCUGCGUCAACAAGACGUUGUGAUGUUUGUCACAUUAAUUUAUACUAUACCACAGCUGCGGAUAAGUCGUAUUUUGAAGAGCACCUCCGAAGGCAUGGAUGUCCAGUGAAGGAUGUGACGAUGACUGACAAGAAGGACCGUAUCUUUCGCUGCAAGCGGUGUCCAAGAACCUUUUUCACCCUUUUUGCUUUGAUGAAACACAAGAAGAAACAUCAUCAAGUAGCUCCAAUGAAGGUUAGGCGGGCGCCUUGUAAAUACUGUGGUCGAGAAUUCAGGGUGCCAUUGGCACUUUCAACUCAUCUGAGAUUUUGUAAACAAUAUAAACAUACCGAGAAAGGCUUAAAAACUGUGUGCAUCUGCGGCAAGAGUUUCUCUACGGAAUUAUCGUUGGAACUUCACGAGGCAGCGACUGGCUGUAGGAGAGCUCUCUUUGGCGGAAAUGAUGUAGUAUCAGCAAGUACAGGUUUUAAUCCUACCCCCGGCAGCAAUGAGUUAUUAAGAAGAAGUUUGUCAGACGUUGGCUGCGAACAAAACCUCAUGUCUGUUGACGCCUUCCCGACUCUUGCCGGGCAGUUGAUGGAAAGUCGUGUAGAUCCCCUUCGGAUUCAUCCUCCUUCAUUGACUUGCGAAAGGUGUCUACGUGUUUUUUCGACAGCUGCUGGGUUUGCUUCGCAUCGCCGAGUUUGUGGAAUAACGGCUUGUAACGUUCAGUGCCGAUAUUGUCACAGAAAAUUCCGUACGAUCCAGCAUUGCAGGAUACACAUGGCACGAGCCCAUCCUAAUGAGAAGGAAAUGGAACGUGCUCAGGAGAAUUUGGAAAGUUUGCUGAUGGAGAACCAUGAUGAUCCCCUGCAAACGGGAUACACAUUCCAUCAAUAUUUGGAACAACUCGGUUCGGAAGUCGAAGUUACGAAGAAGAAGAAAAAACGGGAAAUUCCUUGCAAAUUUUGCCACAGAAAGUUUGCCUCAUUCCAAAACCUUGAGGUCCACAUACAUUUCGCCCAUGCUGAUCGGGUACAAAAGGAAUUCAACGCCCGAACAAAUGUGGAGAACCAAGAUGUAGAGUUGAUCGAAAUCCAUGAUAAUCCAGAGGAAAUAGAAUACACUGUUCAAACAUAUAUUGAAAGUCAGGUUGAAAAGCUUAUCGGAAUCAAUGCGCCCGGACAAGAGGGAUGCAGUGCAUUAAUAAAUGUUGAAAGGCAAGUUGAGAAGUUAACUGGAAACCAGGAUGAUCCGAAGCGAAGGAGAAGCGAUGCUCGGAAAAGGGUUGAAAUUCCGGCAGAAGAUAUGGUUGAAAACCAUGAUCUGGAUCCAAGGGAAAACUCUUUUCCAGAAUAUUUUGUGAGUGGAGUAGACAAUUUAGUGGAAAGCCAUGAUAAUCCGGAGGAAAUGGAAUAUCCUGUCCAAGAUAAUGUUGAAAGUAAGAUUGAAGAUUUUAUGGAAAACUUUCCUGACCCAUUGGAUGAAAACACCGAUGGGGAUGAUCUACAAGAUAAUUAUUCGGAGCAGGAAAUUGAUGAUGAAAUAACGAAAGAAAAUUAUAAAAUCGGGGAAAAUAUGAAGAACUCCGGCGAAGAUGGUGCGCUCAUCAAAUGCAGGCGUUGUGAGGCGACUCUUUGCGGCGCUGAGUUUUUCAUUUCACACCUGUCCAGUUGCCUGUCUCUCGUAAAAUCCCAACUCAAGUGCAGGAUAUGCCACAUGGGUUGUAUAUCUCGAACCAGGCGUAUUGUGCACACCCAAAGCAAGCAGCAUUUGAGCGACGAACCGUGCGAAUGUUGCGGAUUUGCUUCUAGUGACUUGGGAGAUGGUGCUCAUCAAGGAGGUUGGUGCGAUAAGUGCAAUAAGGAUAUUCCGCAUUUGGAAGGUCACUUGACCUGGCUGCACGACUCGCAAAUUUGCCCGGAAUGCGAUAAAGAAAUUCCGAAAACACCGGGUCGGAUGGAGCGUCACGCUUUGGAUUGUUUCGGCGACAAAGUUGCGAAUCUUCAUAUAAUGGAGUACUCAGGAGCUGAUCGACUGUUCAGUAUUAAGAUAACUCCUGGGUUGCAUAUUCCGAAAUUAUAUGAGCAAGUGAGUUUCCUAAACUUCAGCUUCACUUCUGGCUCCCCGGAAACCUGCGUCGUUUGUGGAGACGACACCAACGACUUCUUCUCCACAACAAAAGUAAUCUCCAAGGGAACAGUGCGCGAACGGCUUCUUCAUUACGCCGUUUGCGACCGAGGAACUUUGGCUGGAGGAUCCACGUUUGUGUGUAGUGAUUGUCUCGGCAUCUUGACGCAUUGUGACAUGAGUUGUGCUGUGAUGGAUGGACUCGUGGAAAUCCUUUGCGCCCGGCGUGGAAAGUGUCAGUUGAGACCAUUUGCGACGCAUCCAGCUCUUCGGCAAAGCCUCGGUGUUAUGGAGCCACUCCUGAAUCAGUCUUCAAGUCAACGCAACUACCUCAAUCAGGAUUCCCGGCAGCUUGCAAGAAGGACUAGAUCUGGUAUCCGAGUAACAGGGUGUAGAACUGGUGAUCAGGUUGGGCUAUGCAAUGGGGUUGUGGAAGAUUCAGCGGAAUGCUCAAGCAGAAGGGCUGAGGAUAACGUUAAAAUCGAAGUGAUGGAUGAUUUUGGUGACAGCAAUCAUUGUGAUGAAGACGACGAAUGCCUCGCACUUGAUAGUCGGCCCUUGGGACGCCGUACGUCGCACCCAGUAGCACUCCAGGAAGAAGCUGUCGGGGAAAUGCGGUUUAUCGCGGGAGGAGUGACGGAAACCCUUCUGAAACACAAAAAAAUGUUCUUGAAUUGGUGUAGUUUAUGUGGGAAAAACUGCGGGUCGCUUGAAUCCUUGGCUACACACUGUAGAAAAGAGCACGGACUGAAGAUUGACGUGGCAACAUCAGAGGUAGUUGAGCGGUACGUUGCAGCAAAUGGUGUUUCGGAGGAGUCUAAUGCGAUAUCCGGAAAGUCUUCCAAGAAUCUCUCACUUACGGAAGCCGAGGACGCACAAAACAGGUGCAUUUGUCGUGUUUGUGGAUUGCGAUUCAAGAGUUAUAGAGGUGUCGCAGUACACUUGAGGUUCGCGCAUUCAUUGUCAUUUAAUGACCUUGCAAUGAAAGAAGAAUCAAGUAGCUUAAAUGUUCAGAAUGAUACUCUUGGGAGAAAAUCUCUCCGAUGUCCUUCGUGCCAACGCUCAUUUCGAACCAUGAAGGGACUGAGGAUGCAUCGAGUCCAUUCAGUCAACUGCGACUCUCCGUUCAAUAGAAAGCAGUCACCUGCAAUACACUGUCCGAGGUGCAAAAAGAACUUCACUUCACCGAAGCUUCUGCGAAUUCAUGUCAAAAAUUGUGACCGCUCGCGAGGAUGGCUGGAGGGAAAGAAAAAGACCGCCUCGAAGUGUGAUAUUUGUGGGAAGCUCCUUUAUACGGACGCUUUGAUCAAGUUCCAUCGAUGUCAUCAUUUCAAGACCGGAAAACUCAAAAAUAAUGUGUUGAAGCUUAGCAUCAAGCCGCUUGAUAGGUGCGAUGAACUUGCAGGAAGCCUGUCUUCAAUGAACAAGCCGGAAAGCAAAUCGGAAAUGUUGGAAAAAGGAAAGGAAAAUACUGAAGGGUAUAGUGUUUCUGAAUCUUACCUCGACGAGAACCAAGAUUCUGAAACUCUGAACGCCGCUGAAUCUUGCGAAUCUACUUCAAAAAGUGUUCUGUCCGGAGAGGCCGAAUUCGAAUGUCAUCUGUGCAAUCGGAUAGUUACCGAAAGUACGUUUGAGGACCAUUUUCUCGACUGUUGCAAGCCCGCGGACUCGGCCAGAUUUCCCUGUCGGCUGUGCCAGCUCAGUUUUGAGACAAGAGAGCUUCGGAGAUCGCAUGUAGAAGAACAAUGCGUAGAAGAGGCCUGUUCUUGCUGUGGUCACGGUGCUUCCAAAGUUGACCGAGGAUGCGACAGAAAAUGUUCCAUUUGUGAUGAAAUAGUCCCGCAUUUGGAGGAGCACUUGAAGUGGGAACACAGCGUUGGUGUUUGUUCCGAGUGUCGACUCGAGUUCUCCACCAUCGAGUGCGGGAAACGACAUGCCUGGUCCUGUUCUGGUGUCAAGAAAUCUGGCGAUUCCGAGGAGCUCGUGAAAUUGCCUUGCUCAAAUGUUAUUGCCGAUUCUUCCGAGAUGGAAGUUGAUACAGCUGCGAUCACUUGUAACGUCGGUGGGGACGAGCUAGUGGACGCCUCUUCGCAAACGCUUUGAAAAAAUUUCCAAUUUUUGUAUUUCGAUGUAAUUCAGUUCAUUUUUGUUUACUUCACGAUAAAAUCUAGUAUUUCUCAACAUUAUAUUAUGUGUUCGUUUUUUUUUUAUAUUUUCUUUUUUGUCCAAAGUCGAAGAGGUUCUUUUUAGCCAUUUUUUUUUUCAUAGACCGGUUGAAAAGGCCUUUUAUUACUCCUGCGUAGUCGUCGAAAAAUGCAUUCAGUUGACCUGUGGUCUGUUGUUUUUCUCCCCAUAGUAAAAACCACUGAUGAAUGAUUAAGUGUGUCGAAUUUGGUUCCUUGUGUUUUGUGUAAUGGCAUUUGAACACUGCCUCAAGUUCUGAAUAACUACCGGAUGAAUUGUAUAGCAAAUUUUUAUCAUUCUUCCGUAUUUAUUUCAUUUAUAAGACAGGAGCAAAAUACUGCGUUUUAAAUGUAUAAAUAUGCGAAAGUGUCGACUCGGAUAAGUUCUGAUCGUAUUCCGUAUAAAAUGAUUCUUUAUAAUGAGGGAAUUCAAAAGAUUGAUCUGUUUGACUGUG